AGGUGUACUCUCCCCCUCAUCUCUACACGGGUAUUGACUCGGCACAAUGGUGUAACUACAUGUGGUACAUUCCAGUGACUGCGUACUGGGUGUGUUCAACUUGACGCCCUCAGAAUGUGGGUCACCUUGCUCCACCUAUCUCAGGCUGCCAGUCACGAAUGUUGUAUGAAAGGCAGAGAGAAAAGGGCUUCUUCAGCAACCAACUGACCCGAAGUUGGGGCCCAGAUGAAGACAUGGGGGGACGGGUGCUCAAUGGUUAUGAUCUCAAACCUCCCGACUACUAUGUGGAGCCAAAUUGUCUCAUAGAGGAGAAUGUAGAGAAGAUUGUCAAGUAUGCGGGGAUGAUCGGCGGUGUGGUUGCUGACAUGGACAUCACAAACAGGACCGAUGUCCUCCGAGUCAUCGACAAGGGGAAGAAGCAAGGACUGAUUCCCCCCAAAGUUGGGUACGAUCAUGAUGCCAUCUUCAGCCUGAACGUCAACAACAUCAAGAUCAGCAGAUACAACCAGUCAGAGGAUCUGUUGCUGCGGGUUCCCAUGCAUGAGAUCGCUGCUGCGUGUUACAUAAAGGAUGAUGACCAGCAUAUUCUGGCUCUCAAACAUGGAACGUUGGAAGACUGCAGUUUGUCUGUUCUGUACUGUAACUCAAAGCAAGCAGCAGAGGAACUGUGCGCUCUGAUUGGUCAGUGUUUCCAGCUGGUGUAUACAGAGGCUACUAUGCAUCUCUUUAUUCCUCGUAGUAUUGGAACCUCAAGCAGCAGUGGAUCUUCUGAUGUUUCAGACUCACCAACUGUCAUCCCCAUGCUUCCCGGGCGUCCAUCUUUCAGUUUGCCUUAUGACGACGAUUCCAUCUUGAACCCCGGGAGAUCGGAGGCCAGUGAAGGCAGUAUCAUGGCGAGCGAAAAUAGCGUUCCUGCUGACCUUGUCAAGGAUUACAUGUCUAAAUUGCAUCAAAAGAUGACUCCUGAUGAAUUGCACAAUUUUGCUGAACUUCUGAGAAGUUUGUACAGUGACAUGCCUGUUGGAACAUUUUGUGAGCACGUGCUACAGCUGUAUGGCCAAGACAGAAAACCUCUACUGGCAGAAUUAAGCCCAUUCAUCCCGUCGGAGGGCUACAGUCAUUUCCUUGACUUUCUCCGGAAGAACGGCAUCCUCUUUUCUGAGACGGGGACCGUAUCCAGCACCAUGAGCAACCCAAGAAAGUACAUCAGACGGUCAGUCAGCGAGUUGUCAACAACAAGCACCAUCACUAACAGUUACGGUGAAGAUGUGGAACAGAUUCUUACUAUGGUUACAGAUCAAAUAGCUCUUCUUGAUACCAGUGAUACCAACUCCUUUAUAGAAGAACAUACGGAUUGAGGGAGUCUGGUGUGCUUGUGUGUGUUCUUGGAGCAACGGACGCCUCCGUGGUCUAGUGGAUAGAGCGUCUGCCUGGAGAGCUGAUGGUUGAGGGUUCGAUCCCUGACUGUGUCAAACCUAAAGACAUUAAAAAACAGUACUUGUUGUUACCCUGGUGAUAAAACAAGGACUGGUCAGCUUAGUAAAAUCUGUUUGAUUGGGGUUUCCAUGUUAAACUGUGGCAUAGUACCUCAGUGGGCUUGAACUAUAAAACCAGUAUUAGUCUGGACUAGUACAAGAACACACAUACACACAUGCAUGCUAUUUUAGUGCAAUAAUCUUGAAAGUGACGUUAAAUCCCAUUUAACUUUACCUAACCUCACCCCACAAAGCGAUGUAGUAGGGCUGGCUAAAAAGAUUGAUAAUCAGAAUUAUCAUUGAUGUAAAGAAAUUUCAACGAUAACAAUAUGAAAAUUGUCAUCGAUAAUAUCUUACAUAAUCUAUUGUGAUGAAGUAAGUUUUUAAUUUACCGAAGCAGACUUGUUAUGUCCAUUGCCAAAGACAGAAAGCAACUGAUUUUGUUAUAUCUGAAAUGUCCACAAAAUGAUCCAUGCUUUUAUGUGUCACCACUAACCAGUGACUUGAAAUAUGUUGUUUUGUCUCUGAGCUUUUUGCAUAUUUGCCCAAAGUUGCUUCUCCGAUAGUUAUUGAUAAUUGAUCCAUAUUUAGUUAAUGAGUAGCGAUCACUAAGAUCUAUAUCGUUAGCCAGCCCUAGCUACGACUGUCGUAAGUCCAUGUAAACGUACAAUAGCCAUUACGAUUGUCAGGGUACUUGGAUCACUUUGGGAAACAGGGUACUAGUGAGCAAAACGUUUUCAUACACAUGGACUCAAAUGAAUCAGAACAGAUAAUUUUCUGUAAUUUUCUGUAGACAACAUGUGAAAAUCAAAGCGUACAUGAUUUAUUCUUUACCAGUUGCUCACUAUUCAACCACCACACACACAUAUUGGCAGUGACUUGUUAAGAUUCCGGGGUAGAAUAGGUCUUCAGCAACCCGUGCUUGCCGUAAAAUGCGACUAUGCUUGCUGUAAGAGGCGACUGACGGGAUCGGGUG